AAAACUUUCAGAGGGAACUAAAGAAAGUCAAAACUCCAAACAGGAGCGAGAGAAAGAGCAAGCAGAGCAGAGGAUCAUCCGCAAACAGCAGCACAUCUCUGCGGACAACCGUGGUUCAGUAAAGUCCUGAAGAGUCUCCGUUCUCCAGUAGUAACCCUGACCUGAGAGAAGAACGAGAUUGCGGUGGAUGUACGAGCGCUUAAGGGCAGAAGAAAUGAGCAGAGGAACAGUGAAAGAGCCGCACGGAUGCCAGCGCAACUUCACCCUGAUCUGCGUGCUGCUCGCGCUCAGCUGCGGCGCAGAGAUUCCCUCCGAUCCGAGCGUUGUGUCCUCCUCCAGUUGGAACAUGUCCAGGGCAGCUGAAAGAGAUCACUUCCUAAGGCUGGACGCUCCUAUGAAUAACAUUACUACUUCCCUCGGACAGACAGCUGAGUUGCAUUGCCACGUUUCGGGGACUCCAUCACCCUCAGUCCGCUGGCUUAAAAACGAUGCCCCUGUGGUUCAGGAGCCACGGCGGGUCUCGUACAGACCGACUCCGUACGGCUCGCGCUUGAGAAUCAAAAAUCUGGACACCACAGACACCGGCUACUUUCAGUGUGUGGCGACCAACAGCUAUGGCACAGUGUCAACCACAGGAAUCCUGUUUGUCAAGUUUGAUCCGGCUCCCACACCUCUGCCUGGACGACCUUCACCAGAGGAUUUUGACGAGGAGGGUUUCUGCCAGCCAUACAGAGGGAUUGCGUGCGCUCGCUUCAUAGGAAACAGGAGCAUUUUUGUGGACUCGCUGCAGAUGCAAGGCGAGAUUGAGACCCAAAUCACAGCGGCAUUCACCAUGAUUGGCACCUCCAAUCACCUGUCCGAUCGCUGUUCCCAGUUUGCCAUCCCAUCCCUGUGUCACUUUGCCUUCCCGACAUGCGACCGCAGCUCUGGCAUGGACAAGCCGCGGGACUUAUGUAAAGAUGAGUGUGAGAUUCUGGAGAAUGACCUAUGUAAAACUGAGUACAUCAUCGCUCGAUCAAACCCUCUCAUUCUUAAACGACUCAAACUGCCUAAAUGUGAAGAUCUGGCCACUUUGGACAGUCCCGAGGCUGCAAACUGCAUGAGGAUUGGCAUUCCUAUAGCGGAGACCAUUAAUAAAAGUCACAAAUGUUACAACAACAGUGGUUCAGACUACCGUGGCACUGUCAGUGUGACUAAAUCUGGUCGUCAGUGUCAGCCGUGGAACUCUCAGUAUCCCCACAGUCACACCUUCCUGGCCAUGCGUUAUCCAGAACUCAACGGGGGACAUUCCUACUGCCGCAACCCCGGAAACAAGCACGACGCUCCCUGGUGUUUCACCCUCGAUGAGGCUGUGCGCAUGGAGCUCUGUGACAUUCCUCCAUGCGAUUUGCCCAAGCAUGGCAGCAGCAGCAACAGUAUGGGAAUCCUGUACAUCCUGGUACCAAGUGUGGCUAUACCACUGGCUAUUGCUCUGCUGUUCUUUUUCAUCUGUGUUUGUCGAAACAACCAGAAAGCCUCACGUCCACCAGCACCACGUCAGCCCAAACCCGUUCGUGGCCAGAACGUGGAGAUGUCCAUGCUCACAGCCUACAAACCAAAGAGUAAAGCCAAGGAGCUUCCUCUGUCUGCGGUACGCUUCAUGGAGGAGCUGGGCGAGAGUGCCUUCGGUAAGAUCUACAAAGGCCACCUGUACCUGCCUGGCAUGGAGCACGCUCAACUUGUGGCCAUAAAAACCCUGAAGGACAUCUCCAGUGCACAACACUGGGGCGAUUUCCAGCAGGAAGCAUCCGUCUUGGCAGAACUUCACCACCCUAAUGUGGUUUGUCUCCUGGGUGUAGUGACCCAAGAGCAGCCCGUCUGCAUGCUCUUCGAGUUCCUGGCCCAAGGCGACCUCCACGAGUUCCUCAUCAUGCGCUCUCCACAUUCAGAUGUGGGCUGCAGCAGCGACGAAGACGGCACUGUCAAGUCCAGCCUCGACCACGGAGACUUCCUUCACCUGGCCAUUCAGGUGGCGGCUGGAAUGGAAUACCUGGCCAGCCAUUUUUUCAUCCACAAAGAUCUUGCAGCCCGUAACAUCCUAGUUGGCGAACAACUGCACAUCAAAAUCUCCGACCUUGGGUUGUCUAGAGAAAUCUACUCCUCUGAUUAUUACAGAGUCCAACCCAACACCCUCCUCCCUAUUCGCUGGAUGCCACCAGAGGCCAUAGUUUAUGGGAAAUACAGCACAGAUUCUGACGUUUGGGCGUUUGGUGUGGUUUUAUGGGAGAUCUUCAGCUUUGGUUUGCAGCCUUAUUAUGGCUUCAGCAAUCAGGAGGUGAUGGAGAUGGUACGAAAGAGGCAGCUGUUGCCCUGUCCAGAGGAUUGCCCUCCUCGCAUGUAUGCCCUGAUGACUGAGUGUUGGCAAGAAGGUCCUGCUCGCCGGCCGAGAUUUAAAGACAUCCAUACACGUCUACGGGCUUGGGAGGGUCUGUCCUCUCAUGCCAGCUCCAGCACACCAUCUGGAGGCAACGCCACCACCCAGACUACCUCUCUGAGCGCAAGUCCUGUCAGCAACCUCAGCAGCCCACGCUAUGCCGGCUACAUCUAUGGGGCUCCACAGAGCCUUCAACCUGGACAGAUUACAGGCUUCAUGGCGGCACCAAUGCCACAAAGCCAACGUUUUAUACCUGUGAAUGGAUACCCUAUUCCUACGGGAUACGCCGCAUUUCCUGCUGCCCAUUUUGCUGCAUCUCAAGGCCCACCACAGGUGGUGCAGCAUUGCCCUCCACCCAAAAGCCGGUCGCCCAGUAGUGCCAGCGGCUCCACCAGCACGGGUCACGUGACCAGCGUGCCCUCCACAGGCUCCAAUCAUGACGCCAACACACCACUGCUUUCUCAUUGUGUCACUCUGACGCCCAUGACAGCAGUGCCAGGUGGUACACUGCCAGUUUUUGGACAUAUGGCACAGAAGGCCAUGCAAAUAGACCCAAGUCAGGCGGCACUGCUGGCUGACACUAACAGACUGAUGUACAGCGAAUCCAUCAUCACUGCAGAUUUGUGAAUACUCGUUUUGUCCUGUACAUUGAUAAUUAUUGAUAUUUUAAUGUCUGUUCUUCCUUGUAAAUAUGAAAUAGCCUGAACAGAAUGCGAAAGUUUAUAUUUUAUUGUGUGUUUUUAUAAAUGUGUCUUAAAGGAAACUUGUAUAUUCACAUAUUCUCUGUGAAGCUCCAUGCCACUUUUUUUUUUUUAUAAAUGUGGCAGAACGGCCUUAAAAUGUGCUUUUUGUCAAACAGGAUUUUUACAUUUAUUUUUCAAGGUUAUUUUGGACAGAGCUGUGGCUUUUUUGUCUCUUUUUUCACUUAUUGAUGACUUGAACGCUUCAGACUGUCUCUGUUGUGGCAGUGGCCUUUUGGAUGAAUUGAACAAGUUAAAAUACAUUAAAGCGAUAGUUCACCCAUUUACUCACCCUCCACGUGUGACUUGCCACAAACGGGUUUCUCUAGAAUAUAUUUUGGAAACCCCAAACUAUUUACUUCCAUAGUAUUAGCUUUUCCUACUAUGGGAGUCAAUAAUGGCCACAGAUUUCUAGAAUUCUUCAAAAUGUUUUCUUAUGUGCUCAACAAUAGACAGACGAACUAUCCCUUUAAUGUUGCAGAUUCCGAAUUAAAGGAAUAGUUUUGCAAAUAUAUAUAUCAACCAGGGCCUUGAUAUAGAAAAACAUAUUACUUUAAUCAUGGCCACCAUAUGUGCCUUUUAUUAUGAAUUCAGGGAGGAAAGUAAAGUUUUGAUAAAGUCAGAAGUGUCUGAUAAAGUCUUAGUCAAAUGAUUUCAAAGUAAAAGUCAUAUCAGGGCUGCAUCUGAAAGUUUAUCUUUCAGAAAAACAUUUGCAUUUCAUCCUGAAAGUGAUUUCAGAGAGGCUACGCAUUCAUAAAACAUCAAAAUAUAGAGAAUUUUUGAUAACUUAGCAAACAUUUAAACACAAGUUGACAAAAAAUACAUACAAGUUUAUGUGCUGACCCCAACUGGUCAGAUGUAUUUUCCCUUUCAUCUCAAAUUGUCUACAUAUACGCUACAUAUAUGAUAUUUAAAUCAGGAUGUUUCAUCUAAAUGCGUCAACCUUCACGUUACUGUGUGGCAAAGCAUAUGUGAAAACGGCCCUUUAACUGAUGCAGAACUUUUUUUAAUAUGAACUCCUUACUACCUAUAGAAUGUAAUACCUAACAAUUCCUCUAGAGGUCAGUGUCGCUCUUUGACUCUGAUUGAAUGAAGUUUUUAUUUGUCUCUCAAUUAUACUGUAUGUGUCUGCUAUUUUUCAAUCUUCACUUGAUGUUUGAUAUCUGUCUCCAAGUUUGUAGCUUGUUUAAUCUCUUUACGCAUCACAGAAAUAGGGGUUAAACCAAUCGGAUCAUUUUCGUAAGCAGCUGUAUGUCAUUUUCAUUCUCUUUUUGGUUUGUUGCUAUGCAACUGUUUAAUUCAAGCGCACUCUUUUCCUGUGAUGAAGACAAUCAAGAGUUUCUCUUUUAUGCAGGGUACAGUGUUUGUGAAGACAUGAUUGCUUUAUGACCUAUGAAAUGCCUUAUGGACAAUCUCAUGAUGCGUCAUGACAUUUCAUGAACAGACAUUAUGCAUGAAAAACGGAUUUGUAGAUCAAUGGUUUAUUUUUAUAUGAUUUGUCACACAAUUUUACAUCAAUAUUGCAGUCUUACUAUAUGUCUGAACAUAAAGUGUGUCGACAAUAUAAAAGCCACUUAAAAAAACA